AAAGAAGGAAAUAACUGGAGAUCAGAAACCAGACCCAAACAGAAACCCUAAGGUAAACAACAUCAGUCAGAUUACUCAAAGGCCGAGGCGAAAUUCAAGUUCAAGUAUCAGUAUCCCCAAAUAUUUCAAUUCAACAAAAGAUGAUAAUUGUCCCUGAUGAGUAUCUAACUUCAGAUGUUUUGAUGGGUGCUGAUAUGAUUGGAAAAGCAAAAUUUACUUGGAACGAGAAAACUCAAGAUCUCUAUUGGGGAGAACAACAGUAUAAGAUCUAUAAUACGGUUGGUAGAUCAAUCAAUAUGGUAGAAUAUAGGGAAGGAAUUCAUGAUUUAGAAAGAAAAAAUUGUAAAUUAGGUUCAGAAAAAUGGUUACACAUUAAUCACAAAACCUUGUGUCCUCCAGGAAAAGUUACAUAUCUGAGAAUAACCCAUAAAGAUUUCCAAGUAGGACAGAUAAUUCGUUUUGAAAAGAUGAAGAGUGGAAAAUUGUCAAAGUUAAAUGGGAAAAUCUUAAGUAAUGGUUAUGUGAUAGAUGAACAAAAGGGAUUUGACAUGCCAGUUAUCCAUUUAGGUAAGAGACCCAUUAAGUUCACCCCAGGGUCAAAGAUUGGGGAGUAUACAGUUAUAGAUGAAGAACAAAUUAUAUACUUAGACCUUAAUGGUGUAGAAUUAGGUAACAAAGUAGAACUUGCCCAAACCCUUUUAGAAGAAUCCAAGGAGAAUAAAGUUAUGCUAUGUGGUCUUCACUGCCACAUUUUACCAGAAGAGAAAAAUGAAAAGGUAAUGAGAACCUCCAUAGAGGAAUGUAGAGUUUGCUGUAGGUCUUUGGAGAAACUCUUAGUAGGUAAUGUUGGUCAAAUUGACAACAGUUUAGUUCCUCAUAGUGAGACGGUCCAGAUUAAUGGUGAUCGGAGGACUCGUCUGAGGACACUUAUUAAAAGUUUGGACUGGAAACAUCUUACUGAAGACCAGCAGGAGUUACUAACAGAGGUGAUUCUUGACAACAAUGAAUUGGUCAUACUUGAUGAGACGGAAUUAGGUCGAUUGAAAGUAGCAGAAGCACAUAUUCCUACGGUUGAUAAUGAACCAAUCCGCAUGCCAUUGUAUAGGUACCCUGAACAGUCAAAGAAGAUAAUUGCAGAUAUGAUUCAAAACAUGAUGGAAAGAGGUGUAAUUGAAGAAUCCACUGCUGCGUAUCUAUCACCAAUAGUACUUGCUGGCAAACCUGAUGGAUCAAAGCGUAUGUACAUAGAUUUCAGGGCAAUCAAUAAGAAAAUAAAGAUGGACGUACAGCCUCUUCCUAGAUUAGCGGAGCUAGUAGAAGAGAGUGCUGGAAGAAAAUUGUACUGAACUUUAGACAUGAAAGAUGCUUAGUUUCAAGUGGCCCAAGAUGAAUCUUCUAAAGAUUUAACUUCUUUUUCGGAUGGAUUAAAUUUGUACAGAUUUAAGCGUCUGCCAUUUGGAUUGUCAAUUAGCCCUGCUAUCUUUACUAGGAAAAUGCAAGAAGUAUUAAGUCCAUUAAUUAAGAAGGGCUGGUGUAGGAAUUAUUUAGAUGAUGUAGUUCUCUGGGCAGACUCUUACCAACAAAUGCUGGAAAGAUUACAAAAAACAUUUCAAAGGUUAGAACAGAUGGGAAUGAAAGUAAAUUUAUCCAAAUGUGAUUUUGGCAAAAGGGAAGUUAAGUUCUUGGGACAUAUCAUAUCAGAGAAAGGAAUUAAGCCAAAUAAAAAGAACCUGGAAGCAAUUAACAAGAUGCCUCCUCCCCAAAGUGUCAAACAAGUAAGAAGAUUCAUUGGCAUGUGUAAUUUUUAUCGGAAGCAUAUACCAAAUUUUGCCCAAAUAGCUGAACCUUUAACUAAUCUGACCAGGAAAGAUGUAAAAUUUGAGUGGAAUGAGACCUGUAAUA